GAAGAUUACAUCAUUAAAAGGCAUUUGUUAUGCCUUCAUUUAAAAUCAGUUAUUAGCAUGUGACAGUCCCAUUAUGGGAAAUGUCAAACUGCUAUGACUCUCUCCUCUUUUUUUAUACAGUACUAAUUCCCAGCUCUGACAAACUCUGACAACGGCGGAUCUUAAACUAGCCUGAGGGAUUAGAUCAUCCAGUGCAUCGUUGGACUCACAUGCUAGUUACUCUAAACCAUGGGAUGUUUUCAGUGAACAACAGAAGAUCUUUGAAGUGAAGAUAGAACCCUCUGGCAACCCACAUAACCAUUAGCAGCCAUGGAUUCAAACAAACAAGAAGGAGAGACUGAAAGUGUGCCAGUGAGUAACCCUGCAACACAGAUUUCCCAGUUACAGGCACUGGCUUCUGAGCUGAAAGCAGGUUUCACUGAAGCAAUGCAGGAGCUCUCAAGGAUCCAGCAUGGAGAGUAUGCUCUGGAGGAGAAGGUUAAGAGUUGCCGCUGCGCCAUGGAGGAGAAAGUGGCUGAGAUGAAAAAUUCUCUGAACACUUUCAAGGAGGAGCUCAGUGAUGCCAAGUCAAUGAUUGAAGAAAUCAGUGCCAAGCAAGAGGAAAUGCAACAGAAAAUUGAACAGCUACAGCAAGAGAAACGCAGGGAAUCUCGGAAAGUGAAAACUAAAAGAAUACAGAAGGAUGAACAUGGGUCGCAAACAGUGCCUACCCCUCUGCAAGGCAGUCCAUUCCGAACAAUAAAUCUCCCAGAGCCAGUACUGAUUAGUGAAGAUUUUACAAAUCUCAUGCACAAUGUGACUUAUGAAAAAGGUGUGACUAGUGCAAAUGCUGAGACAGAAGAAAGCCUCAAACCUUCCUUGACAGCUGAGGCUCUUCCAAAGGGUCACCAAGGAUCAACAGUGUGGAAACAGCCCAAGGACACUAAGGAAUGGGGAGAUGAAUAUAUUUCCAAGGAACAGCCAGAGAGAGGGAAGGAAAUGAGCCAAAGCAGAUACAGCUCAGCGGACAGCAUCUUAUGUGAAACUUCCUUUGCUGCCAAAAGACAGAACAUUGCAUUAGAGCUUUUGGAGUCUGAAAGGAAAUAUGUCAUCAACCUGUCCCUGAUCCUGAAGAUCAAAGCCACGUUGCAAGGGCCAGAUGUGAAGAGGAACACAAAGGAGAGAAGUUUCUUCCCCAACUCCUUGAGAUACCUGGUCCAGCAACACAUAGACUUACUCCAUGCACUGCAAGAGAGGGUUCUGAGCUGGCCCCGCCAGGGUGUCCUGGGGGACAUAUUCCUGAAGUUAACAAAUGAUGAGAACAAUUUCUUGGACUACUACGUUGCGUACCUGAGGGACCUCCCUGAAUGCAUCUCGCUGAUCCAUGUGGUGAUUCUGAAGGAGGUGGAAGAAGAAAUUAAGUCUGAUCUCUACAUACUCUUCUUUCAUAUAGUCCAGCGUAUCCCUGAAUAUCUUAUUCACUUACAGAACAUCUUGAAGUUCACAGAGCAAGAGCACCCUGAUUACUACCUGCUCCUAGUGUGCGUGCAGCGUCUUCGGGUCUUCAUCUCACACUACAGCCUCCUCUUCCAGUGCAAUGAAGACCUGCUCAUCCAGAAGCGGAAGAAGCUCAAGAAGUCGUCCUUGGUUAAGUUAUACAAAGGUCUGGCUUCCAGCGCCAGCCAGGAAGUAUCUCCGACGCCCAGCGCCACAUCUCUCCGGGACAGCGGGAUCCACUCCGAAGAGGCCAUGCAGCCAUUCCCACCCACCCCCUCGGCGAGCACAACAGCCCCGCACCUGAUGCCACAGAUGAAGAAGCCCCAGCACACCAUGAUGGAGAACAUCUCAGCUGUAAAGGCCCCUGAGUGGGAAGUAGAAGGGAGAAAGCAUGAGAGACCUGAGAAUCUCCUGGCCUCCUCACAGUUCACAGAGCAGGAGCUCAAGGCCCUCACUGCCACCCUGCAAGCCAUCCCAGAGAUGGAGUACGAAACACCCCCAGCUGAACCCAUGGCAAAUGUUGAACGACCUGCCAGGACCUCUGCUGAGCUGCUGCAGGAUGCCCGCAGCUUCAUGCCAAGCUACGAGGAGUUUGACUAUGGGGGGGAAGUGUUCACCCUGCCAGGGCCCUACGAAGAUGAGACCUUCCAAAACCUUGCCCUAUUUGAGAACUGCUCUCCAGCCUCCUCCGAGUCCAGCUUGGACAUUUGCUUUCUGAGGCCAGUGAACUUCACAGUGGAACCGGAGAGGACCGAGCACACAGUGCAGCCACUACCCAAGAACUGUGCCCCUGUCAGCAGCAGCACGUACAAGCGUGAAGCAUUUCACAGCAAAGGCAAGCAGCUGAGCAGGUCUCUGAAGGAGCUGCCUCGGAGUGCAGAGGGCGUGAGUACAAGGCUGUACAGUACCAGGAGCAGCAGUGGUAGUCGGCUGCAGCAGAAGCCGGAGAGAAGUGUGCAGCCUCAUGUGAUAACCGCUUCAUCUAGGAGCUCCCAGAGGAGCUACUUCCCCCCACAGAGAGGACCGGGUGAAAAGCAGAGCUUCUUGGAAGAGCUCCAUGCAGAAGACAACACCAGGUUCUGCCAGAAGGAUGACAAUGAACAAACAUCCUUCAGUGACCACAACCCAAGGCACGAGCCCAAAGGGGGCUUCCGGAGCUCCUUCCGCAAGCUCUUCAAAAAGAAAUGAGCGCAAUGAGAGAGGUGGGCAGCCAGCCAGCCAAGUGCUCCAGCCCUGCCUGGGGCCGUGGGGUUGGAGGCAGGCAAUGCCCCCUCAGGGUGCAGCUGCCAAGUUAAUGGCUCACACAUUAAGAAGAGCUGGGGGAGGAGGGGGAAGGUAUUCAUCUCUGCUCAGUGCAGUGGUGAGGGGUGGCAGACAGAGACAGUCUAGGUUGGCGAUGACAGGAACACACAAAGCCUUCAUCUGAACCUCAGAGUGAACUUCCCUCCAGGUUUGGGAAGCAUUGCCAAAUACCCACUCCACCCUCUGCAGUAGGAGUCACAUUUCUUUGCCCCUCAGCUCCUCCACAUGUCACCUGGGCCCAACACUAAAGCUGACUCACAUGUGAGAGGAGCUGCAUUUAUGAGACUCUCAGCCUGACCAGAAGCCAGACAUACCAAACAUGUCAAAAGAAAAAGAGAAGGAUGUCUCCCUGCAGGGUCCCCUGCCCAAUUUUGCAGGGCAGAGCCAACCCCACAACCACAGGUUGGGCCUUGGCUCUUUUGGCAAAGGCCCCCCAGCUGUUUUGGCUGUCCUGGGAAGUUCUGCUGUCACUUUCCUUUUGCCUGUUUCCCUUUGCCUGUUUCAAGCUGUAUGAACAACUGCUCUUGCUGCCACGUGGCAGAGCUGAUGCUGGUUCUUGUAGGAUGGUGUCACCUUCUGACCCUUGCUUGGAUCAGGACCCACAGUGCUAGGCACUUGUGGCAUGAGCAGUCUACUGUUCCCCUUGUGUACUGAGCAGAUAGCUCAAAGCAGAGACUGUUUCUUCAUCUGUGUCUAUACAGCACCUGGUGCAAGGGCAGGGGAGUGGAGUGGGCUGAUCAUGUUGGAGGCCUCUAGGUGCUACUAUAAUAUUUGUUAUUAAUAACUAUUACUUUUUGCAUGAAGCCGCCUUGCUGUACUGGGCAUGUGCAAUAGAUUGCUUGGAAUAAUCAGUUAACUCUGAAUGCAUUACAAGCAUUUCUGUUACCACUUCUUUCUUCUGAUUGUAUUGGCAAGGAAUUUUUUUUUUUGCCAUAACAAAGCCACAAUUAUUUUCACCGUGUUAUUGAUGUGAAAACACUCCCAGCUUAGUAAUGCUGAUAACCUAGACCAGUAAUGUAUAUCCUUUAGUUAAAGAAUAAAAGAAAUGGAAGGAAAUUAAAUGCAUCUUUCCUGUACCCUACAUGUUUGGCAGUAAGAGCAGUUGUUUCCAUGGGGCUGCAACACUGGAAGCAGUGUACGUAUUACCUUGGUGUUACUGCAGUGCCUAUGAUAUUCACAGAGUGCGUUUACAUGAGAUGUUUACUAUGCAGUUGACUAAUUAACUGUGCAGUAAACGUCUUGGUGUCUACACAUGCGGCCCUAUUAGGGCACAUGAAACUAAUAAACUCCACAGCAGGGAAGGACUUGUAAAAUACAAGUCCUACCCUACUAUGGAAUUUUUUGUGCACAGCAGCACACAUGUAGACAUUGCCCUGGCUGGCUGGGGCACAGGGUACUUCAGUGUGGGGCUAGUCAGCAGGCAGCCCCUGGGCUGAAGCACCCUCAUGCCUCAGUCAGCCCCUCCACAGCACAUGGAGCCUGGUCUGAGCAGCCUGGGUGGGUAGGGGACUGUGGGGUGGCGAGGGUGGUCAACCUGCCAGCCCAUGGCUACUCCAACUGGGCUCCACAUGCUGUGGAGCGGCUGGUUCAGGCACAAGGGUGCUCCAGCACAGGAGCUACCCCUGCACUGGUUAGCCCCGCACUGAAGCACCCUCAUGCUUCAGCCAGCCCCCCUGCAACAUAUGGAGCCUGGUUGGAGCAGCCCUGGGCUGGCAGGCUGACCCCUCCAGGUCCCCUGCUCCAACCAGGCUCCAUGGGCUGUGCCCAAAUAAACUCCAGAGCAAUAUGCUCCAAAGUUUAUUCAUGUGCAUUAACUGUAUGUGCAGAUGUGCACACAGAGGCUGACUUGGGUACUGCGUAGGCACUGUGUUAAGGAUGGCUCUCCUCUUUAAAGUACUUGCAGUCCAUCUAGAUACAGGGUGAAGGCAGAAACACAGUAUACAGAGCUCCCUGACCACUGUGCUCCAUGAAUCCAUGAACGGGUUAGACCAGUGUUGAGUCUGAGCAGGAUACCGAGUUCCAUGGCUAUAGUUACAAAUGGCCCUGCAGCUUGAUCAGGUCAUGUGUCCUGUCCAGCUACUGGUGGUGUGCCUGUGGGCCAAGCCUGAUGCUAAUCAGCAUGCUGUCCAGCAGGUGAAGUGGAGGUGGCCCAGUCGGUCCAGCAGCAGGCUAUGGCACUGCCAUAAGGGGUCAGGAACCUGGAGCCCCAGUUGCUGGUUGCUCAUGGUCACUCACACGCUGCUCAGCCCUCUCUUGCAAGCUGGCAGUCUUGCUCUCAGCCAAACUUUUUCUUUUAUGGAUAAAAAAAAAUUUGGUUUGUCACCAGAAACUAACAUUUCCAGGGACAAGUUUCAUCUUUGUUGUCAAAAUAUUCUAGCAGUUGGACAGCAAGAGAAAAAAAUUCAAGAGAAGACAACAUUAACCACCCCUCCCCCUUUUGGUUUCUAAAAACUGAAAACUAAAAAACGUUGUGGCUUCUGGGAACCAUUUUAGUUAAAAAAAUACAUUUAUUUGGUAAAAAAAAAAAAGGUCAAGAAAAUUUUCAGGAAGCAUUAUGGUCUCCCCUCCUCCAAACAAUUGCAAUAGAAAUUUCCUACCUAAAGUACCUGGCAGUGGUCAGAUCACACUGUUCUAGCACUUCCCCACAGUGAUUCUGCCUCCUGCCACCCUGGCAACCUUCUGCCCAGUGUCAGUUCAAUCAGUUCAUGGGCACCUGUCCUGGCAAUAAGGGCUCCUGGAUGCCUUUUACUGCUGAAUCAGUGCAGCCAGAAUAUGGCACUGAGAAGCCAGCUGUGGACAGACCUCUUUGCCCAUCAGCACGCUCCGCACCACAGCCAGCUUCAUGGUCUAAACAAGAAAGGAAUCAUCCGGAGCAAAGGAGAUGUGAGAGCCCAUCAGGAGAAGGGUGCAGGUUGCACUGAAGAGCAGUCUAAGCUAAAGGCUGGAGGAGGAACAGAAGCAGGGUGAGUCAUGUUGCCCAGCUGCAGGGCAGUGCCAUCAAAGGCACAAAGGCAAGAAGAGGCUCAGGGAAUGGUAGUGAGGAAGGACUGGGAGAGGACAGGGAUGUACACAGGGUCAAGUUCUUGUGGCCUGUCUGAUUCCAAACUCUCCAUGACAGGGAAGCUAUGCUGGCAGAGCCAGACAUCAGUGCAGAGGGGCCCACUGCAGUAGCCAGAUUUCAUGGAGAGCAGCCAAGGAUGUGCAGGGACCUGGGGAAGCCCACUUGGUGUUUCAGCUUCUGUUUGUGGUCUCGGGUGGAUGUUACAGUUCUGCUCCUGUGCCAGUUCUGCCUCCUUGUCCCAUAGGGGAAUGGCACUAUUCUGCCUCUGUAUCUGCUCCAAGGCUGAAAAGUGUAUUUAAAAAGGAGAGGAGCCUGCUCAGUACAAUGGCAGGUGAGCUCAUCAUCUCACGGGCUCUGGCCCAACCCUUGCUUUGAUGCUCAUGCUCUGGAAUAUUUUUUUCUGUCUCUGCCAAAUAAACUCUGCUUUUAAAUAA